GGAUGAGUUCUGGGCCACAUGCAGGGCGAGCUGCACGGAGGGCGUGGACCUCGUAGAGGACCACAACCCCGAGUUUCAGACCCCGUGGAGCUGCGACAUUCUCGGUGGCGACCUGACCAAGGGGCCUCUCGCCGGUGGCAUUCCGCGUCAACCACUGCCGGGCGAGGAGAGCGAGGAUGUCCUGAACGAGACUGGCGCGCCGACAGUGGAUGCGCCGACUCCUCCCGCAGUAGAUGUACCGGCUCCCCCUCCAGACGCGCAGCCUGACGCCAGCAGACAGCACGACAGACGCAGUUCCCGAUCUCAUUGAUGAUAUCAUUGCGGGCGUGACCAGCAGCACCACCGUGGAUGAAGCCAGGGGCGUUGGAGGAAUUGCGAUGGACCCCGCAGGUGCCAUGGUGGAUGGAAGUGGCGCCACCAGUGCAAGUGCGGUUGUUGACGCAGGUGAGGAUACCGACGGGAUCAUCGUCGAUGGCACUUCAGUCGUGGCUGACGCAAGUAAGGUGUCCAACGGCAAGGUUGAACAUGAUGUAAACACGGGGCUCGCCCAAGAGACGGCUGGCGACACGCCCAAGUCUGGCUCUCACCAUACAAGCAAGGCGGUAGAAAAAGCUGGAAAAGCUCUCGUCGCUACGAGAGAUCAUCUCGACGAUUCCGUCGAGGCCGUCGGCGACGUCCACGAGGCUGCCAGCCAUCAGGCCAAUGCCGCGGCAGAUGCGGUGAAGGACUCCCGACCUGCACGAGGGCGCGAAGCACCACGCGGGCAAGGCGGCGGACGCCGUGGCCGGGGCCGCGCAGGACCUGCACGAGAGCCUGAAGCACCACGCGGGCAAGGCGGCGGACGCCGUGGCCGGGGCCGCGCAGGACCUGCACGAGGGCCUGAAGCACCACGCGGGCAAGGCGGCGGACGCCGUGGCCGGGGCCGCGCAGGACCUGCACGAGGGCGCGAAGCACCACGCGGGCAAGGCGGCGGACGCCGUGGCCGGGGCCGCGCAGGACCUGCACGAGGGCCUGAAGCACCACGCGGGCAAGGCGGCGAAGGGGGCUGCCGAUGCAGCCGCUGGUGUUCAGGAGGCCGCUGCGGGCGUCGCCGGAGACGUCCACGCGGCUGCGAAGCACCACUUGAGCAAGGCUGCAGACGCGACUGGGGACCUCCACGAAGCUGCGAAGCACCACGCGGGCAAGGCCGCGGGUGCGGUGGCGGACGCCGUUGGAGGCCUUCACGAGGCUGCCAAAGGCUCGCUGGCAGAUCUCGUAGUGGUCUCGGGGACAGAGGGCGCCACGACCACGCAGGUGGCCGACAACGCCAAGCGCGCAUCGGGGACUGAUCGGGACGCCACGCAGGGGACUGACGCUGCCAAGCCGCACUGGGAGUUUGACCACGGCAAGUGGAGCUACGUCAAGGAUUGAUGCCGGUCGGUUGCUCCGGCGCAUGCCCUCGAUGCCGAAUGUCGACAGUAGGUCCCCAAACCGUCUGGCGAAUGGCCAUACGAUGCACCUUCAAAAUCGCAAUGAUCUCACAAAACGGUCCAUCACUGGACGGGUUUUGAAUUCGGGAGAGCACUCGAGACAUCCUUGGAUGUCCACUUAGCUUGGAUCAUUCUCGACUUGCCAGACUGGGAUUUUGGAAUAGGAAAGAAAGACAUCGUUAGACCACCUGCGCCCAAAGGGCUGGUGGGAUUGCGUGAGCUGGCUCUCGGAGGGUGCAGCCAGGGCCUCGCUCAACGCAAGACGGCGCGCGCUGCCUCUCGGGGUUUUCCUUGAGGGAGCCCCAGCGGCCGGCACGGCCAAAGCUCGCCCGCGGUCGCCUGGAAAAGGAAGUUUCCCGCGCAGGGGGCGCCGAGCGAUGAUGAGGUAUUCGGAGGGCCCACCCCCCGAAGCCUUCCCG